UAAAGUUAAUCUUAAUAUACGCGGAAACUGGUGAUAUUAAAUUUUAUUAAUGUCGUUUUUAACCCCCCUCGUUGUUCCAAGAAAUGGUUCUUUCCAGUAAUGGUAGUUGCAGCAUGCUGAGGGAGAACCAGCGUGGAUCAACAACAACAACGGCAGUUUCUGGAUUUUAACGGUUAUUUCUUGAUAACAGCUACCUGCAUUUUCAGGUUGGGGCAUCUUUAAACCGGACCAGUUACAGAAAACCGUCAGAGACUUCGUUACAACAUGCCUCACCGAAAGAAGAAGUCGUUCAUUGAAAAGAAGAAGGCCGUGACCUUCAACCUCGUCCACAGGAGUCAGAGGGACCCGCUGGCUGCAGAUGAGAAAGCACCGCAGCACGUCCUGCUGCCAGCCGCCAAGGCGGACACGGAGAAGAGGCGCGAGGAGCAGAGGAACUUUGGCGUUUUCUUCGACGAUGACUACGACUACCUGCAGCACCUGAGGGAGCCGUCUGUCCCGGCCGAGCUGGUGGCCGCCCCCGCCGUCACUGACCGGAGAACGGUUCAUCUCCAUGAUGAGGACGAAGAUGAAGACGACGACGACGACGUGGACAAGGCUGUUCCUGCUGCUACCAUUAACCUCCCGUCGUCAGUGUUUGCCUCGGAGUUUGAAGAGGAGGUGGGACUCCUGAACAAAGCUGCUCCGAUCUCAGGGCCGCGGCUGGACAUGGACCCCGACAUCGUGGCGGCUCUGGACGAAGACUUCGAUUACGACGACCCCGACAACCUGCUGGACGACGACUUCAUCGUGAAGGCGAACGCUGCGGGGCGAGCCGGGAACACAAAAGGAGACGGUGAAGACGACGAUGAUGAUGAUGAGUGGGAGGACACAGACGAGGAAGGAGACUUCGACUCUGAAGGCGGGUUUUCGGGAGACGAGGACAUGGAGGGACGAGGACGAGAGUUCCUGUUUAUGGACGAGGAGACGAAGAGUCGAUUCACAGAGUACUCGAUGACGUCGUCUGUGAUGAGGAGGAACGAGCAGCUCACCCUGCUGGACGACCGCUUCGAAAAGUUUUACGAACAGUUUGAUGACGAUGAGAUCGGCGCUCUCGACAACGCAGAGCUGGAGGGUUUCAUCCAGCCGGACAGCGCUCGCCUCGAAGAAGUCAUCAAAGACUACUUUAUACAGAAAGAGAAGGAAUAUUUGAGGCCUGAUGAUUUGGGUCCCAAAGAACUUCCUGUCCUAAAGGAGGAGGAUGAGGAUGAUGAUGAGGAGGGGGAGGAAGAGAUGGAAACUGUUGUUAUCAAGGCUCCAGAAGAGAAGUGGGACUGUGAAACCAUCAUCAGCACAUAUUCCAACAUAUAUAACCGACCGAAAGUCAUCCAAGAGCCACAAAAGACGAAGCCGAUCCGAGUGUCCCAGAAGACGGGCAUCCCGCUGGACGUCCUUCCCGCCAAGGGCCUGACGGCGAAGCAGGCGGAGCGCAUGACGCGGAUCAACGACUCGGACCUGCCUCGCGUCUCCACACAGCCGCGCAGCAAAGAGGAGAGCAAAGACGAGAGGAAGGCGAGAAAACAGGCCAUCAAGGAAGAGCGCAAGGAGCGGAGAGAGGAGAAGAAAGCCAACAAGACGGCGUUCAAGGAAGAGAAGGUGCGACAGGAGAAGCAGAUGUUGAGCCUGAGGACAAACGUUCAGGGUCUGAAGCUUUAGGAGCAACAUGGCGGCUCUGCCCGCACAGACUCUGUACCCGCUGACGGUCGACACGCUCGCUAAACAAACACAAACAGGAGGAGGGACGGGGCGCUGAGAGGCUCCAGUCCUCAGAUCGCCACGAGAUAAGGCUCAUUUAACUCUAAAUAUAAAGAGUGAAAAUGAACUUUAUCUGCAGUGAAGCAGCUCAGGUCUUCAUGUUGAAGCAGGUUGAAGUCCAGGAAAAUAAAAAGGCUGGGUAUCAAACUUCAGUAACUCUUUGGACACAAGACAGAAUGUUGUUUACUCAUCGGAUCAUUUCUCUGAUUUAAAUUCUACAUUUUUGGCAAUUUAAGACUUUAUUUCCUAGUGUGGCAGCUCAUAUUAAUCCACAUUUAAAAGAAAAACCUGAUGCUGCAACAUUUUGGGAAAUUUCCUCUCCUGCAUUGAGUUAAAUGAGAAAAUCACUAUUAGCAUUGCUUCUCUGAAGCUCACUAAUAUGUUCUCCAUUUAUCAGUAGAAGUUCAAAUUUGCAACAUUGAAACCCAAAUUCUUUUUAUAAGUUUGAAAGCCGCACAGCUUUUUCUUUGCAUGUGUAUUAAUUCUGUUUAAACUGGAUAUUUCUGCACAAUAAUAAUGAUUAAGAUUGGCCUAUAUUAAUAUUAGUAUAGUAUAAGACUUGUGCGUUCCAGACAUUUCCAGUAACUCCAGUCUAAAAGUUGCAACUUAUAGAAAAAGGAUAAAUGUAAUCAUUUCUAAAUUGCACAACAUGUUAUUACAUAAUGAAUUAUUCAGCUUCAGUCCAUAUAAUUUGGCUGUUCAAACACAUCAACAGGACGGUCUGCAGCACUCUGAAAACACCUUAAAUUUCAUUUAUAUAACAUUUAAUCUGAUUGAGGUUUGAUUAAAAACAUUUAAAUUUGAGCUUUUAUUAAAAACAUUUAAACUUUUUUUGAGGUUUUAUUAAAUAUUUAUGGGUCAUGAUUAUUUGAAAACCUCCGCAGUAGAGCUUCAAAUGUAAAAAAUAAAUGCAUAAAAUGAAAAAGGCUCUCUGAAUAGCCCUACAGAAGGGUUAAAACAACAAACUGCUAUACUGCUGCAGAGUAUUUCUUGGCUUUAAAAGCAAUAAACUCCUGCAAAAACGAUGAUUUAUUGAAUGCAUUAAUCAGAGAAAGAUAACUUGGUUAUAAUGGGGCUUUAGAGGAGCUGUGAGGUGCAUGUUAUUUGUUUAUGCUAAAGUUACUGCCAAAAAGCACAUUUUUCCCCCUCAAAAUGACAAACAAUUCCUGUAACUUUCAAGAACUUUGCCUCCCUUUUGUCAAAUAAAAGAAAUGUUUGUCUCAUAAAAAGUGUUUUGUGCAGCUAUUAAUCAGAAUUUACAUCUAAAAAAUGUCCAUUGAUACCCAGCCACAUUCAAACACAUCUUUAUAUUUUGACUCAACAAAAAAGAAAAUAUCAAUAUUUUUGUCUCUUUAUUAAAAACAUUUAAAUGCAA